AUGGGAGCACGUUCUCAGGGUAGAGGCCGAGGCAGCCAGUCCCAUGCAGAUGAUCAUGUCUCACCAAUUAGAGCAGGGGGCACGAGCCCUUUCAACGGGAUUGACCAAUUCUCCGAUGCAGGCAGGAGAUGGAUCGAAUCCAGAACAGGAGAAAACGUUAAUCUCGAGACGCUAUGCGCACUUGAACUCCCAUGGGCCAACACACAUCGACUCUAUACUGAAUCUAGUAGCCCGGAGCUUCCCAAUCGAUUAGUCGUCGAGAAGUACGUGGAGAUGUAUUGCUCGUCGCUCCACAUUCCUGUCUUCCCAGUGAUUAGCAAGUCGCUUUUUAUUAUAACUUUAGAUCUUGCCUACGGACUGCCGGAGGCUAUUGGCUCAGCUAGUGCUCGAUCGUGCGUUUAUGCAUUUCUCUCUGUGGUGACUCAGUUUGGAUUUGAUGAUAACAUGCAUGGAGCUAUGGAUUGUGGCUCUUAUGCUUCGGCUGCUCAGAGCUACAUGGCUCAGAUUACACAGGAGAUGACGCUUGAUGGACUGCAAUCUUUGAUAAUGCUUGUUCAAUUUCAGUACUUUCUAGGGGAUCUACAAGCUGCAACAGUAUCUGUCUCAAUUGCUACCAGGCUCUUAUACGCCUUUGGUGCUCAUACACAAUACGGUAAUUCCCAAUCAUACGACAAGAGCAUUCCAGAGUUUCACCUGCGUGAUCUCUUCUGGCUGUGCUAUUCAUUCGACAAAGAUAUUUGUCUUCGGACCGGACAGCCACCUUCAAUACAGGACACCUGUUGCGAUCUCACUCUUCCUACUGGAUAUGCACAGAUUCAGGACUCAAAUAUCCUACGGGAUACCUUAUCAAUCGAUGACCAUACUCUUCCGCUGUAUCCUUUCGACCUCCGCCUCUCACAAAUCAAGUCCGAAGCAUACCAGGCGCUGUACUCCGCCAGCGCGCGUCGCAAAACAGACACUGAGAUAUUGUCAAGCAUCCUAGAGCUAGACGAGGCCCUGGAGCAGUGGAGACUCUCCUUACAUCCGGACUUCCGUCCGACGCUGUGGUUUUCGCCUGAGAUGCCUGUUAGUGCCAUGAACACGCAGACAACCAUGUUACGACUUGCGUACUAUCAUUGUGUGAAUAUCAUCCACCAAGCGAGUGAAAGAUGUAGAUUUUCCCAGGAACAUGGACCUGGACAUGAUGGAAUCCGCUCCAGUAUCAGUCUUACCAUUAAUGCCAGCCGGUCAACGCUGUCCUAUCUACAAACUGCACUGCCGGUGGUCAAGGGAGAAUGCUUUUGGGUCGUCCUCUUUUAUGCCAUAACUGCCAUUUUGACCCUCUUCCGAAGCAUCCUUCACAAUCCGCUCGACCCCGAAAUCAACCACCAAAUGAAUAUACUUGGUGAAGUCCCCGAUUUAAUUCGCAAAAUCCCCAUCCGGAGGCUCACUCUGGGCGAGGUUAUCCAUCUUCGAUUUCUGGACGGAUUUACCACCGAACUUUUAAGGUUAUGCGCAUGCGCAAUCACCAAGGCACGACGAGACGAGAUUUAA